ACCAGCUCCUCUCAACAGCCCUCCCCACACCAGCCUCAGACAACACCAUGUACGGCUCCUGCUGCGGACCCACCUUCUCCUCCCUGAGCUGCGGGGCAGGCUGCUGCCAGCCCUGCUGCUGCCGCGACCCCUGCUGCUGCCGCCCCGUGACCUGCCAGACCACCGUGUGCCGCCCAGUGACUUGCGUGUCCCGCUGCACGCGCCCCAUCUGCGAGCCCUGCCGCCGCCCAGUGUGCUGCGACCCCUGCUGCCUGCAGGAAGGCUGCUGCCGCCCCAUCACCUGCUGCCCCACGUCGUGCACCUCUGUGGUCUGCAGGCCCUGCUGCUGGACCACCACCUGCUGCCAGCCUGUGUCAGUGCAGUCCCCCUGCUGCCGGCCCCCCUGCGGCCAGCCGGCCCCUUGCAGCACCACCUGCAGGACCUCCCCCUGCUGCUGAGACCCCACUGUCCUCACAGAACAAUACACUGGAGCCUAAACAUUGAUUUGAUGUUUUAAUAAAGUUAAAAGAAAAACA